AUGCUACGACGCAAAGCAUCGUCCAUGCCACGCUUGGCAGGCGGCUUGGAUUCAAUUGCCGUCGAUACGGAUCCGUCAUCCGUAUCAGGAGAGUACGAGACACCGAGCUCGUACUCUGUGAAGACGCACGAGUGUCUUCAUGACCAGCGCCUGCAUCACCAGGUGAUACAGGCUGAGUCGCUUCAGCAACCGAUGAGGACAUCAGUUGCUGUGGUUUCUGCUUCGGCGUCCGCACAGGAGACGUGCAGACGCGCUCUCGGCGGCCUUGCUCGCGCAUCGCAUGGGCUUGUUAACCAUGCGAUGAGAUGUUGGAAAGUGGACGCGGACCAACAAGUGCAAACCCUGUCCCAAAUGAUUUGGGACGAGUAUCCAUUUAGUCAAUCAGUCACUAAAAGUGACUGA